AUGACUUUUAGGAAAAAUUGUUUUCGAAGUACUGAAGUCUUAUUAUUUUAUUAACUUCCAGCUAAUGUAUAACCUACAUUAGACUCAUCUGCCUCUUAUCUCUGUGAAUGGCAAAUAAAUGAUACAUGAUUGUGAUGAAAAGAACAAUCAAAUAUCAUAGAAAAAAAUUUGAUAAAUGAUUUGAGUUAAAAAAAAGAAAGAUUAUUAGAAGGUUUCCUUUUUUUUUCCAUAAUUAUGUUCAUACUCUUCUAAAAGAAAAGCAGUUAUUGCUAUUAACAACAUCACAAGUGAGACAUGCAUAAAAGCAAUUAGGGGAUAAUAUAAUAAGAGGGCUGUGAAAUAAAAAAUUAAUUAUAUAUCACUAAUGUGUCCUACUAAAUAGGUUUUACGUGAGAUAUUUUAUCAUAGUUCUCUAUUUGUAACCUUACAACUUAACUAAUAGUGA